ACGACAGGAGCUGUACGCAUGAGGUGAGCUUUGUUUUUCUGCUCGCAGUCUGGAGACGACAGCCUCGGAGUCGGAAGAUGCUGCUGAGGCACUGCAGUCAGCUGACAACAAGGGACAACGUUUAAUAUCUACAGAUAAAACAGGCUGACUCAUUUGAGUGUUUCUUCUCUCAUCAAUGUGCUUUGAAGGAACAAAAACCAGAGAAAGAAAUCUAUCUUGACGUCUGCGGUCUUCACUUCUCCGGUUCAAACAUGAGGGACAGACUGAGUCACCUGCAGGAGUUGCACAGCGACGAACCCGAGUCACUGGAGUACGCCGAGUCCACCUUCUCCGACUCCUUCAGUAACGUUGACCUGGAAGAAGAGCUGCCCCAUGAGGCCGUCAUCUUUGACAACAGCCCCGCUCUCGCUGAGGUCUUUUCCCAAUCUCAAGACAUCCAGCGAGAGGUCCAGCUCAUCCGCGUUGAGGUCAAGAGGCUUCGGGAGCAGAAUGCCCGAAUGCUCCAAGGUACGUCCAACAUGAGCACCAUCAAACAGGACUCUAACGUCAUCGGUGCCGACAUAAAGAAGAGGGCCGAGGGAGUCCUACAACGUCUGCACACCAUGGAUGGAACGACCCACAAGCUAGAAGAAACGUACGGCCCAAACUCUGCCACCACGCGCAUUGCCCGAACCCAGUACGCUUGCCUCAGCAACGGCUUUCGAGACGCCAUGUUUGACUAUAACGAGGCUGAGAUGAGCCAUCGUGAAAACUGCAAAGCCCAGAUCAUGAGGCACAUGGAGAUAGUGGGGCGUGACGUGACGGAUGAAGACCUGGAGAACAUGAUUGAGAAAGGCCAGCUGAGCGUCUUCACGGACAACGUCGUGAGCGAAGGUAAAACGGCUAAAUCGGCUCUGUUCCAGAUAGAGAAGCGACACCAGGAGCUGAUGGAUCUGGAGAACCGUAUCAAUGGCAUCCACGAGAUUUUCCUGGACAUUGCGCUGCUGGUGGAGGAGCAGGGCCCCAUGCUGAACGACAUCCAAACCAACGUUCAAAAAACGGACGCCAACUUACAAGACGCCCUGGUCAAACUCCGCACGGCUAAGCGUCACGACAGCAACAACCCGUUUAAAAAGAUGUUCUGCAGCUGCUUUCCGUGUUAUAACUGAGGACUGGAGAAACAAAGGGGUCGAGGGACGCCGCCAUAUUAAACGUCACGACUAAAUUUCCUUUCUUUUGUUUUGGUCACAAAAUAUUUACGUGGCUAACAGAGAAUAAAUCGUUUCUCAAGAAAUAAAAUGAAGGUUUUAAAGGUGAAGCGUGGAGAACAAUCGUGUCUAGAUUAAAGAACAAAGCUGUGGAUAAUGUGUCACAUUACUGAGGUGCGACGUAGACCAUGUUAAGUUAAUUUUAUUUGGUUUAGCUUUUAGGAUUUUAG